AGGAGAUAUUUCUUAUGAAUAGAAUCUAGAAGGUAUUUGUGUGUGAGUAACGCGUAGAUGAUAAUUAAAGUGAGUUAGCAGGAAACAAAAAGUUGGAAAAGAGACCUUUUGAAUUCACCUUUCCUUUUCUUUUUUGUUUCUUUCUUUUAAUAAGCUGAUUUAAGUAGCAUCGUUGAAUUUGAGUCGGUGAUUGUUUGUAAGUGAAUAAGAAAAGUAGUAGAGUCAGGAGACAGGUGUGCUUUCUCUUCAAAGCUCAGAAGCAAGAUGGAGAAAACAGAGGAAGAGGUUGAGAUGAAGGAACUGGUAGGGCUUGUGAGAAUCCUAGUGAAGAGAGGGAUCGAUCUUGCUCGUCGAGACGCUCUAAGCAGCGACCCUUUUGUCGUCAUAACCAUGGGUCCACAGAAGCUGAAAUCUUUUACUGUGAAGAAUAACUGCAACCCAGAGUGGAACGAAGAGUUGACUCUUGCGAUCGAAGAUCCCAAUGAACCUGUGAAGCUGAUGGUGUAUGAUAAAGAUACAUUUACAGCGGACGACAAGAUGGGAGAUGCGCAGAUAGAUAUGAAACCGUUCCUAGACGUUCACAAACUCGGUUUGAAAGAACUUCCACAUGGAAAAGAGCUCAAGAGAAUUGUGCCCACCAGAGAUAACUGCUUGUCUGAAGAUAGCAUAAUCGUCUCCGAUAAUGGCAAGAUCGUUCAGGACAUGAUUCUUCUGUUGAAGAAUGUCGAAUGCGGCAAGGUCGAGAUCCAGCUUGAAUGGCUUAAAAAUCCAGGUGGUAGUGGACUCUGAAAAAACAGAGAUGAAGUAGCUUUAUGAUUUUCUGUGUGUAAUAAAAAAAAUCUCAGUUAAUAAAAUAGAACAGAGUACUACUACUCUGUUUUGUAAUGGAAAUAUAUUUGGUUUUAGAUCUAACCGAAACCGUUUUGGUUUCCCGCGAGUUUUCUCUUCAUCACAAAAAAGAAAAAGUGAUAUUUAUGUUUUAUAUUGGUUUGGUAAACAUGUUCUUGGAAAAGUCAACGGCUUAAACCUUUUGUCCAUAGUCAGAAAAAAAGAAGAAUCAAGAAG